CUUGUGGGCACGAUCACGGUAGGUUAAGAGGUUCGCGGUUAAUACAAUACACUUAAAGCAGGCGUCAACUGCACAGCGAAUGCGUUGCUUUAGUGGCGAUGAGGCGGAGCGGGAUUGGUCCAGACGCUGGGACGAGCGACAAGGCGGUCAAAUAUACCUCCUUGUGGUGUCUGUGGGUGGUUUUCUCGGGGAACGUGGUUCGAGUUUCUUGUUAGUAAGGUUCGAACUGGUGAGUCAAUGCAUGACCUGUGAGGAUCGAGUGUUGGGGGAAAAAGGACGUAGCGUGGUGAGGUUGGUGAUGGGAUUGGCCGGGUGUACCGAGAUCAGACUGACGAUUGUGUUUGGAGAUACGAGGACAUUACGACACCAACAGCAACGUAGCUAGUAGCCGUGUUCUGUCCUUGAAAGUAGAAAGAGAAAAGACCACAUAAUGGAGGUGGGGAUCUAUCAGCCGGUGUUAUGCGUCCUCAUUAUCAUGCCAUGCUCGCUUUUUCGAAGCGUGGGAGAAUUUGUUGGUCUGCCUCUGAAUUCCCAUGGUUUGGACUGGGGGAGGAGCGAUCAAGGAAUGCACUGUCGGGUCAGACCUCCUCAUGUCGACCUUGCCACAAAAACAUAAUAGAGGUGGAUCUUUUCCACCCUUCCGGGUCUCUUUGAAGGACGGCUGGUAUGGGGUAGGAAAGAUUGUGUUCAUUUUCAUUAUGAGGAGCCGAAUAUGUAUCCUCACAGUGACCUUGACUGCCUCGAUUGACUUUCCGAAUGGAUUCCUGGAAGGAGAACAUGCAUAUCAUCCAGGACUUUUGGGAAUGGCCAAGAAUCUCGUGAUGACUGUAAAAUCCCCCGUUCGAAAUCUUCAUCGUAGUCUGUUCAUUCGUUGAUGUCAUAAGCUCGAAGAUUCAGUGACUAACAGUUUUCCGUCCGAGUCAAAGCGUAUAGCAUCUACACACUUCGAUCCUCCGACUGAGACGUGGCUUCUUCUCUCUGGCUGUGGCUUUUUUACGCUAAACUAGAGUUUAACGAACUAACGCAUAACUGGUUUGAAUCCUCAUCAUCUGUUCUAACAGCUGUUCAGGCCGGUUUCAAGCACAAUCCCUUGCAUUCAUGUUCUCAAUCCACAACCUCAUUUGAGUGUCAGUUUGUCUCCAAGCUAUCAAUUGUCCACCAUAGUUAGCUCCGUGUUCUGCCCCAGUAUCUCUUGGUCGGGAGGGUUUGGAUUUCUUGCUCUCGAGUUUUCAAAGCUCCUGACUUUGUUCGUCGAUGAACCUGAAAGACGCAAAGCAUCGAAAAUAUCGAAAAAGCUUCUCUGCCGCUGUUUAAAUUUUGGAACUACAUGUUUCACGGGAUCUUCUGUUCAAAUUUCUAAAGCGAAAUACAUAAAUAAAGGUUUGUGUGUCUUGAGGUUGGAGAACGGG